UCGAGGCUCGGCUGGCGCUGCCUGGCGCGGGACGGAGCGGGAGCAGCUGAGCGGAGGGGCCCGGAGGGCGCGGCGGCGGCUGAGAGACGAGUGGGGGCCGGGCCGGGCUGGCGGGCAGGCGGCGGCGGAGGCCAAAGCCUGGCGGAAGCGGCAGCCGAGCGGCCUGGGGGCUGGCCCUGGGCCGGCCGGCCUGAGAGGGCCGCGCUCCCCCGAGCCCGGGCCGGCCCCGAGCCCCGGGUCUAGGAUGUGCGCGCUAGUCCCCCGGCACCGGCAGGCAGCUCCCGGCCCGGCCCGCGGCUGAGACACCUCCCCCAACGGUGGCGAGUGAGUACCCGGGCGGAACCUGUCGGGGUGCCCUUGGCGAGGGACAGGCCGGCAGAGCUUUGCGGCCCCUACUGGGCAGGUAUGGCCUCACAGCUGCAGGUGUUCUCUCCUCCAUCAGUAUCUUCGAGUGCCUUCUGUAGUGCCAAGAAACUGAAAGUGGAGCCCUCUAGCUGGGAUGUUUCAGGACCAAGCAACAGUGACGAGUAUUACAGUCACAACAAAAAUCUCCCAGGUGCGCAAGUGCCAGCAAGCUCCUCUCAUCAGGUAGCAAACUUCAGCAUCCCUGCUUAUGACCAGAGCCUCCUUCUCCCUGCACCUUCAGUUGAGCACAUCGUGGUCACAGCAGCAGACAGCACAGGCAGCGGAGGAACAACAUCUUUCCAAAACAGCCAGGCUCUGACACACAGGGGCAACAUUUCUUUGUUGGAGCCGUAUCAAAAAUGUGGAUUAAAAAGGAAAAGUGAGGAGGUUGAUAGCAACGGUAGCGUUCAAAUCAUUGAGGAACAUCCACCUCUCAUGCUGCAAAACAGACCUGCGGUGGGUGCUGCGGCCACAACCACCACUGUGACGACUAAAAGCAGCAGUUCCAGUGGUGAGGGGGAUUACCAGCUGGUCCAGCAUGAAAUCCUUUGUUCCAUGACAAACAGCUAUGAAGUUUUGGAGUUCUUGGGCCGAGGGACCUUUGGGCAGGUGGCAAAAUGCUGGAAGCGCAGCACUAAGGAGAUUGUAGCUAUCAAAAUCCUGAAAAACCAUCCUUCUUAUGCCAGGCAGGGGCAGAUUGAAGUGAGUAUCCUCUCGCGGCUUAGCAGUGAGAAUGCUGAUGAAUAUAACUUCGUCCGCUCAUACGAAUGUUUUCAACAUAAAAACCACACAUGCCUGGUGUUUGAGAUGCUGGAACAAAACUUGUACGACUUCUUAAAACAGAACAAAUUUAGCCCUCUGCCUCUGAAAUACAUCCGGCCCAUUUUGCAACAGGUGGCCACUGCCUUGAUGAAGCUUAAAAGCCUCGGUCUGAUACAUGCUGACCUGAAACCUGAAAACAUCAUGUUGGUUGAUCCUGUACGUCAGCCAUACAGGGUGAAGGUUAUAGACUUUGGCUCUGCUAGUCAUGUUUCGAAAGCUGUGUGUUCCACCUAUUUACAAUCACGCUAUUACAGAGCCCCUGAAAUCAUUUUGGGUUUACCAUUUUGUGAAGCUAUUGAUAUGUGGUCACUGGGCUGUGUGAUAGCUGAGCUGUUUCUUGGUUGGCCUCUGUAUCCGGGAGCUUCAGAAUAUGAUCAGAUUCGUUAUAUUUCACAAACUCAAGGCCUUCCAGCAGAGUAUCUUCUGAGUGCAGGAACGAAAACAAGCAGGUUUUUUAACAGAGAUCCAAACUUGGGAUACCCACUGUGGAGACUGAAGACUCCAGAAGAACAUGAGUUGGAGACAGGAAUAAAAUCAAAGGAGGCUCGGAAAUAUAUUUUUAACUGUUUGGAUGACAUGGCGCAGGUAAAUAUGUCUACAGACUUGGAAGGAACAGACAUGUUGGCAGAGAAGGCUGACCGAAGAGAAUAUAUUGAUUUGUUAAAGAAAAUGUUGACAAUUGAUGCAGAUAAGAGAAUUACUCCACUGAAGACUUUGAAUCAUCAGUUUGUGACAAUGAACCAUCUAUUGGAUUUCCCACACAGCAACCAUGUGAAAUCAUGCUUUCAGAACAUGGAGAUUUGCAAGAGAAGAGUUAACAUGUACGACACAGUUAAUCAAAUCAAGAGUCCUUUUACAACGCAUGUGGCGCCAAACACAAGCACAAAUCUCACAAUGAGUUUCAACAACCCGCUCAAUACUGUGCACCAUCAGGCUAGUGUUUUGGCUUCCAAUUCCACAGCUGCUGCUACUCUGUCUCUGGCAAAUUCAGAUGUUUCCCUGCUCAAUUAUCAGUCUGCUUUGUACCCAUCAUCUUCUGCACCAGUUGCUGGUGUGGCACAGCAAAGUGUUUCAUUGCAGCCUGGAACCACACAGAUUUGCACCCAGACAGACCCAUUCCAACAAACUUUCAUUGUGUGUCCACCUGCCUUUCAAACUGGUCUUCAGGCGACAACAAAGCAUUCUGGAUUCCCUGUCAGGAUGGACAAUGCUGUUCCAAUUGUGCCACAGGCACCGGCAGCUCAGCCACUGCAGAUCCAGUCAGGAGUUCUCACACAGGUAAAAGGAAGCUGUACACCACUAAUGGUAGCAACUCUUCAUCCUCAAGUAGCCACCAUCACGCCGCAGUAUGCGGUGCCCUUUACUCUGAACUGCGCAGCCGGCCGGCCAGCGCUAGUAGAACAGACGGCUGCAGUACUGCAGGCCUGGCCUGGAGGAACCCAACAGAUCCUGUUGCCAUCUACCUGGCAACAACUUCCAGGGGUUGCGCUCCACAACUCUGUCCAGCCUACAGCUGUGAUUCCAGAGACAAUUGGAAGCAAUCAGCAAUUAGCAGACUGGAGAAAUCCCCAUUCACAUGGAAAUCAGUACAGCACGAUCAUGCAGCAGCCAUCUUUACUGACCAACCAUGUGACCCUGGCUACAACUCAGCCUUUGAAUGUUGGAGUGGCUCAUGUUGUGAGGCAGCAGCAAAGUAAUGUUGUGCCAGCAAAAAAGAACAAACAGCCAACCCAUAGUGCCGCAAAGCCAACAUCUACCCUGGAGGCUGUUCCAACUCAAGUCUACUCACUUGUAGGGAGCAGCCCUCUACGUGUUGCAUCUUCUUCCUCCAAUACUCUCCUUCCAGGGCAGGAACAGCAUCAGCCAAUUGUAAUUCCAGACACUCCUAGUCCCCCAGUCAGUGUAAUCACCAUCCGCAGUGACACCGAUGAAGAGGAAGACAAUAAAUACAAGCCUGGAAGUUUGGGUAUGAAGCAGAGGUCCAAUGUCAUCAGCUACGUUACAGUUAAUGAUUCCCCUGACUCAGACUCCUCGUUGAACAGCCCCUAUGCAUCAGAUGCGCUUUCCACACUCAGGAGCUCUGGGGCAGCUGUGGAGCCAAACAGAGGGGCAGCGGAAAGCUCUAACUCCCGAACCAUUAUUGUGCCUCUGAAAACUCAGCUCAGUGACUGUAUUGUAGCCACCCAAGCCUCAGGCGUCCUGAGCAGCCUAAGCAAGACCAAGCCUGUGGCAUCUGUAAGUGGGCAAUCGUCCGGGUGCUGUAUCACGCCAACAGGAUAUCGGCAGCACCGGGCAGUGGCAAAUGGUGUACAGCCACUCAACCUUAGCCAGAACCAGCAAGCGACUGUACUGGCCUCACAGGAGAGAAGCGGAAACCCAGCUCCACGUAGACAGCAGGCAUAUGUUGCUCCCCUGCCAACAACGAUUGCUCAGGCUCCCUACACCUUCCAGCACAGCAGCCCGGUGCAUCCCCACUUGGCAGCAGCAACAGCAAGCAACAUGUACACCUAUGCACCUACUACUGCUGCCACACUGGGUUCCACCAACUCCAUUGCGCAUCUCUUUUCCCCUCAGGGUUCUUCCAGGCAUACCACCUACGCGACACACCCAAGCACUCUUGUGCACCAGGUUCCAGUCAGUGUGGGACCUAGCUUGCUGACCUCUGCCAACGUAGCACCCGCUCAGUAUCAACAUCAGUUUGCUACCCAGUCCUACAUUGGUGCUUCCAGAGGAUCUGCUAUUUACACUGGAUACCCACUGAGCCCUACCAAGAUUAACCAGUACUCUUACUUGUAGCUUUUGGGGCAGAGAUUGGUGGUAGCUGUUUGCAUCUUGAUCAUAGAAAUGCAGAGAUCUGCAGUGGGUUUUGAAAUAUCUUGUCAGCUCCUCAGCAGCAGCACUGUGUAACCAGAGAAGGAGAACAGAGGGUCACUUCACUCUUGUUGACUGUGUUCUUUAUGGUCAUCAGAGUCUGUACAGUUGGUGGUGCCCUGCUGCUUUGGGGAAGCUCAGGUGCUGACUGGGGAGAACUUUUGGAUAAUAUUCAAAUUAAAAUUUUACAGUUUAUUUUAUGGAUGCUUUAAUAAACAGUGUCAAAGGCCUGAACCCCCAUUCAUUUAAAACUAUUCUGUUCAUGUUAAUCAUAGGGGAAAAAGAAAUCAAGGACUCUUUGAAAAGGCUGGGUUUCUUUCCAUAACUCUUAUACUUACCUAGUAUUUGUUUAAAUUAUUUUAGCAGCUUGCACAAAUCCAUAUUGCCACUAAAAAUGCACAUUUAACUCUAGGUUGCUAGGGCAGAUUUAUAAACUUGAGUUAGUAUUUUAUAGUUCAUUUUGUAAUUCACAUUUUUGAUAGGCAAUAGCUGAACUCUGCAAAAGCAGUUAUUUCCCUGUUCCCUCUCCUGUGGAUAUAUACGUAUAUCUUGCUCCCCAGUUUCUUGGUUUUACUGAUUUUCCUGUUUUGUCUAAGGUUAGAGCAAGAAUAGUUAUCAUACUAGUUCAUUUUAUGUUUGUAGUUCCCAGUUCAACCUUAAAACUUUCUUUCUUAUAUCUGUCUCUAAAUUUUUUGAGGGUGGUUUUGGUUUUUUAAAUUGCAGAUGCUAUGAAUUUCUUUUGAGUUGUAUGCAAGAAAAUAGUCUGUACUAUGGUUUGAUACUUUAGCCAGAUCCUCAGCCAAAAAUUCAUAGGCCUGUGUUGUUUUUUGCAAGCAAAACCCACUGGGAAUGGCUCCUGAUUAUUGAAAUUAAUAACAGCUGUGUAUUGAUCAUUCAUUUCAAUACUUAAUCAGGGGAAGAGCCCACUGGGUUGUAUCCUUUCAGGUUUGUUUGUUUGGGGUUUUUUUAAAUAAUGGGUGCCGCUGGAUUCCUUUUUUAAAAAAAUGCAGGGAUUUCCUUCCCUUCUUGCCUGGUUAAUUUAGCUAAGGUGUCCAAGAAUUGCCGAAACGUCAACCUGCUGACGUAUACAAUUUUUUAUACUCCUUCAAGCAUAUCCUUCUGGGAUCUUGUUGGCAACAAACUUUAAAGCGCUCUUAAUAAGACUUGUAUACAGUAAGUGCAUGUGGGAAUUGCAAAAAUAUGACACACAGAUUCCAGAUUUUAAACGUUUAUUACUGAAUUUAAAACUAUUUUAGAAGUUUUGUAAUGGUGGUGUUUUAAUAUUUUACAGAAAAUGAAAUAUUGUACAUAUUGAUCAAAACAAAGUAUAACAAGCAAAAUUUCCUGCUAAUCCCAAAUGUCUUUGUAAUCAAAAUGUGUAGUGAUUAUACUUGAACUCUGUAUUUAGUGUUUGUCUAACUCUUAAACGUUUCUGGGGAUGAAAUUGAUCUGUUCCUUUGUAUUUAAACCAAAAUGAGUUAAUACAUGUUGGAAUGUAUGUGAUAUAAUGCAAUCGUCUAGAGCUCAUCACUGUAGCACUGAGAGAGAAAAAAUGGAGCUGCAUGAGAGACAAGGAUACCUUCUGAUUUGUUUUGCACAGGUAUGUGUGACUGAUGUGUUCCCCCUCCCCUCCCCAUAUUGUAGUGCCUUAAAUGAUUAUGUAGUGUGACUAGAGUUUACAGUGAGCUUGCCUUAUGAUGGACCAGCAAGCCCCUCCGCUCUCCGUCAAACUGAAGCAAUUCAUUGAACAUAUCCAACUGCAAAUAUAUAUAAGUGGCAAAAUUACGUUACUUUAAGUUUCAAAGCCAACUUUAAAAGCUGUGGGCGCAAUCCUCUCAAAGUUUAAGCACUUAAGUCCCAUCAAUUUCAGCUGUGAAGUUACCCAACUCCCACCACAAUCAGUGAUUCAAUCCAAAUAUCACAGCAAAUCAUGAUUGGUGCUAACUAUAAUUUAGAAUCUAAAUCAUGGUUUGAGCUUCCAAAUGUAUAACAGGCAAACUAUAGUUCAGAGUUGGUUGGCUGCUUUUGCUUUCUGUCCUCUGAGUGGUCAGAUUUAUAAGCUGGUUUUCUGUCUUGGUCUAUAGUAGCCUUGGUAGGUAGAAUAAUGGGUGAGCCUGUGGUUUCUCAAAUUCAUCAUGCCAAAACAUAGUUGGCACACAUGGUGAUGAACAAAUUUAAUUUGAAUGGGUUUUGAUCCUGUUUUGCCAGCCAAUUGCAAUUUGUGGUUUGUCAGUUCAUAGUAACUUCAAACCAUAGCUAAACUUGCCUUGUCAUGGUUUAGCAUGAUAUCUGAAUUUAGCUAAUAAAUUUGAAAAGUACUUGAAUUUGGCUGGAUUGUGCCCUAAGUGUUUUAUUUGGAGUAAAACAUCCCCCCCCCCUAAAAAUGUUACCUAUACUAUUAGGUGUUGAUGCAUUUGUAAUAGGGUAUUGUGCCGGGAAUGCAUUGGGAAAUUUAUCUGAUGUUGCAGAGGUGAUUUAAGCACGUGCAAUUAUUUUUCCUUAGAUUAUAUUGUGAUGUUACCUUUUUCUGUUGUGUGUGUAGCAGAUGUUCCUUGUAAAAUAUUACUAGUUUGGUGUUAGAACUUUUAUACCAAAGAGAGCCUGCUGGAAAGCACAUAAUAUUCAGAAAUUUAUGUAACACCACUAGUAUUGUUGAGCUUUUGGGAAGGUUUGAGACCUGUAGCACUUGUGUUGUGAGGAAAAUGCACACCCAAACUGGUCAACCAGUGGUGUGUUUAUAAACCACAUUUGAUUUCCUGGGCUCCUUCAAACUAUAGUUCACUCAACCACUGCCAUAACGCAAUGAAGAAUCUUGGCCAAAUAGAGAAUAAACUGGCUUCGAGAGUGGUAUUGCUACAGCAAUAAGAGGCUUUGACAGCCUUGAAAAGUUUGUGUUCUGUCCAGUCUGGACUAUAGGUGAGUUUUGGUACAUUACAAAGAAUUCAGAAAUGUAAAACCCAUUUCUGAAUGCAUGUUAUAGCCUAGCCCAAAUGUGAACAGCUUGUAGAAUGACAUAAGGCAAUAUUCCUGACCCCACUAAAGUCAGAGGGGAGUUUGCCAGUGAUUUCAGUGAAGCCAAGAUUUUGGUGAUCUGCAGGUCACUUACUCAAAUAGAAGUAAGAGGUUUGUAGACUAAGCCUUGCAGUUUCCUUUAUCGUGAGGAAUGUGUUAUUUUUGGCAAUAGAAGAGAGUGGUUGGUUAACACCACGACAAACCGUGGACCUUUGCUGUACUCUUGCUCUCAAGUUGUUUAGUUCCUUCCUCUGUAUCAGUGUGAGGAUAACCAAGGAGUUUAAGUUCUUUACAUCGUUGAGUGUCAAAAAUGCUUUCUGUUGCUGUAACAUUAUCAAAAUGAUUUUCUGCUUUGUGCCAAGCCCAUUCUUAAUCACCCUCCCCUUUUAAUGGCGUGUAAGCCAUGCUUUCCUUUGCAAGAACAUUUAAGGGCAGAGUUAUGCCUUUCCAUCCAAGACAAAAAUUCCAAGCCUAUUCCACAGAAUUGUAAAAGUAGUAGGAAUCAAUAAAAGUAGCCAGGACUUCCAACCAGUUAAUUGGGUGAGAAACACAAAUUAGGUAAGUCCUGAAAUCUUGAGAGAUAUACCUAAUAUUUUGAUCCUCAAAGUCCACUCACCUCCACUGAGUCAAGUAUCCCUCGGUUUUUACAAGAUGCAAAAUGUGAUUGGACACCACCAGUGUUCAGAACCUUUUCUAAAAAGAUGUAUCCCUACAGGGCUGGAUUAUGACUGUAACUAUUUGUCCAGAGAUCAGAUAUUUUGGAACCAGCAUGUUUUAAUGAUUCUACUUUACCAAGGCUUAGUUUUUACAAAGAGCAGACAGAAUAGGAAACCUGUGUAGACAUCAUUGCUUCAGGAAGCAGAUUUCCAAAUCUUACUCUGCAUGGUCUCACAUAAUGGAAUAUUUCUGCAUAGAAAACAAAAACCUCUGCUUGCAGAAAACCAAGAGGCCACUUAGAAAGCCACUGUGCAAAAACUUUUCUCCUUGCCAACUUGUUUUUGUGUGUUAGAAUGGGUUUUUUUUGCUAUGGUGGAGCAUUCACUCAUGAGAGAUACCAGCUGUAUGUAUGGUACAGUUCAGACAUAGGUUUGCUAUUUCAACUGUGAGGAGGAGGCCUAAUUGUAUUUCUUUUCUCCAGUGCAAACCGAUCUUGACUUACUGUGGAUGGAGGGCAGAUAAGAUGAUGGGUAGCUUCACAGCUGUGCAGCCUAUGUGCAAAUGAAAAUGUUAUGCACAAAAACACACAUGCAUAUGUGUCAGAAAUCGAAUCCCUUUCCAGACCAAUUUGGAAUUUCUACUCUGUGCUGAGGCUGCAUUUAGUCACACAGUUGUAUGUGUGUACAUAUCCUGUUUGAAAUCUGAGGAACUUGCACGUGUGUGACUGCAGUUCUGCAGCUGAGUUUGUUGCAGUAAAUUUGCCUUUUGUAAUGACAAGAAAAGACGUGUUUCACUUAGAUUCACUCUUGUGAUUAGUUAAGCCAAUUAUAAUGUUUCUAAAAGCUGAAGUCUCGCCACACAGCUGUUACUCCACUGCAAAAAGCUUUACUGCUUGCACAUAGUUGAUCAGUGCAGUACUUUACCUCUGACUCAAUAUUUUUUAAGUACAUGAAAUCAAAUUGCUUCUAGGUGAUCUGAUUGGCACAGCCCUGCUUUCUCUUUUUAAUUUUUAACUUAUGAAUGGUGCCGCAUGUUAACAUAGUUGUUUGUUUGUUGCUAAACUUUAUAUAAUAUGUGAUUUCAGAUUCAGCUUGAACUAUUAUCUAACUCACUACAUGUAGCAGUGCAUUAUAUGUAAUGUUAGUAUUUCUGCUUGAAUCCUUGAUAUUGCAAUGGAAUUCCUACUUUAUUAAAUGUAUUUGAUAUGCUAGUUUACUGUGUAGAAUUUAACUUUUUUCUGGUCGUGUUCUUCCUUUUUACAAGCCGCUAGAUAAAGGUAGUUUCUGACAAUUACUGAUCUAUGUUUGUAUUGCCAAUGUACUUCGGGGGUAAUGUAAAAAUCAUUUUAACAAAAGGAAAUACAGAUAUUUAAAAAAUUUACUACUAACUAUAUGGGAAAAGGGUCCAUUGUGAAAACAUAGUUUAUCUUUGGAUUCAAUGUUUGUCUUUGGUUUUACAAAGUAGCUUGUAUUUUAAGUAUUUUCUACAUAAUAUGGUAAAAUGUAGAACAAUUGCAAUGCAUCAAUAAAAAAGGGUUAAUUUUCUGUACUCUA